CUGCCGGAGCGGGAGCGGCUCUGAGAGGAGCAGGACGGAGCGCAGGCUUGGCUGCGGCGCGCGCUCAGAGCUGGCACCAGCGCCCCGGGGUCCCCUCCCGGGACUCACCGCUCCCGCUAGGACGUGACCAAGGAGCCCUGGGCGCCUGCCUCCUGCCCUCGAAGGUGCCCCAGAGAGCGCAUCGGGGCCCACGGCUGAGCACAGCGCCCGCAGCGCCGCGGGACCCGCACCGGCUCGCAGUCCUCGGGAAGAGCGCGGGCAUCUCCGCCUUCCUGGGGUCGGCUCCACUCCGGGCCCGCAGCGCGCGCUGCACCGAGUCCGCUUGCCGCCGACCCGCCCCGUGGCCCCCGCUCCUCGGCACCUGCGCGGAGCCCCCGAGCCCGGCGCCCGGCCCGGCAGCGCCCCGACCCCGACCCCAUGGAGAGCGCGCCGGCCGCCGCUUCCUGAGCCGUCCAAGCUGCAAGCUGGGUCCCCGGCUCGCUCCUCCUAGGACGUCCGAGAAACCGGCGGGGAGCGCGCCAUGAAGUCCGUGCUGUUCAGCCGCUUCUUCAUCCUGCUGCCCUGGAUCCUGAUCGUCAUCAUCAUGCUCGACGUGGACACGCGCAGGCCCGCGCUCCCGCUCACCCCGCGCCCCUACUUCUCUCCCUACGCUGGGGGCCGCGGGGGCGCCCGACCCCCGCUCCGCAGGGGCGGCCCGGGGCGCGGCUCCGAGCGGCGCAACGAGUCCGGGCCGCCGCGCGCGCCGCCCCUGCCCACCAUCUAUGCCAUCACGCCCACCUACAGCCGCCCGGUGCAGAAGGCAGAGCUGACGCGCCUGGCCAACACCUUUCGCCAGGUGGCGCAGCUGCACUGGAUCCUGGUGGAGGACGCGGCGGCGCGCAGCGAGCUGGUGAGCCGCUUCCUGGCGCGCGCCGGGCUGCCCUGCACGCACCUGCACGUGCCCACGCCGCGGCGCUACAAGCGGCCCGGGCUGCCGCGCGCCACGGAGCAGCGCAACGCCGGCCUGGCCUGGCUGCGCCAGCGGCACCGGCACCAGCGCGCGCAGCCCGGCGUGCUCUUCUUCGCCGACGACGACAACACCUACAGUCUGGAGCUCUUCCAGGAGAUGCGAACAACGCGCAAGGUCUCUGUCUGGCCGGUGGGCUUGGUUGGCGGGCGACGCUACGAACGACCCUUGGUGGAGAACGGCAAAGUCGUUGGCUGGUACACGGGCUGGAGAGCAGACAGGCCCUUUGCCAUCGACAUGGCAGGAUUUGCUGUAAGCCUUCAAGUCAUCUUGUCCAAUCCAAAAGCUGUGUUUAAGCGGCAUGGAUCCCAGCCGGGGAUGCAGGAGUCUGACUUUCUAAAACAGAUAACAACAGUCGAAGAACUGGAACCAAAAGCCAGUAACUGUACCAAGGUCCUCGUCUGGCACACUCGGACUGAGAAGGUUAAUCUAGCCAACGAGCCAAAGUACCACCUGGACACAGUGAAAAUUGAGGUGUGAAUGCCGCAGCACCUGGUGCCAUGUGCCUGGCCAGCAGGCGUGGAAGAGGACGCAGGGUGGCCAGGCUGCAGAGCCUGCAGGUACUGUCCACUCCAGUACGACAGCCUCGGUCGUCACCUGGCGGACAUCUGCUCACGCAGAGCUUGUCAGCUGACAUCAGCCAGCUGGAUGGUAUACGGUGUCUGUUUUUGUCUUCGUUGUUCUGCAUGUUCUCCCUCCAACCAAACUGGAAGAUGUAUGUACAGCUCAGUGACACUGCAGGGACCAUUCUGAGUGUUGCGUACAGUACAGCUCAGUGACACUGCAGGGACCAUUCUGAGUAUCUCGUAAAGUACAGCUCAGUGACACUGCAGGGACCAUUCUGAGUAUCUCGUAAAGUACAGCUCAGUGACACUGCAGGGACCAUUCUGAGUAUCUCGUAAAGUACAGCUCAGUGACACUGCAGGGACCAUUCUGAGUAUCUCGUAAAGUACAGCUCAGUGACACUGCAGGGACCAUUCUGAGUACUGCGUACAGUACAGCUCAGUGACACUGCAGGGACCAUUCUGAGUAUCACAUACAGUACAGCUCAGUGACACUGCAGGACCAUUCUGAGUAUCACGUACAGUACAGCUCAGUGACACUGCAGGGACCAUUCUGAGUAUUGCGUAUACUUGUUUUCCCAUUUGGCCUUAUAAUUGGUGGAAGUGAACAGGUUUCAGAAACAGAUGACUGGUAUUUCAUCAUCUAAAUGUUCCCAAUUCCUGACUUUGCAAGGUUAAUUUUUGUAAGGUUAGUGGUAGUAUACAUCGUAGGAAAUAAAACCCACAGAAAAAAGGUCUAUGGAUUCAUCUGUUUAAUAUAGGGCUAUAACAUUUGUCAAUACUAGGCACCAUAAAAUGUAAACACAAUUACUGUCAUAAACCUGGAUAUACCUUCAAGAAGUGAAAGUGGCUUUGUUUGGUUACCCUGUUUGCGUAUAGCGCAGAGAAAGGUCUUCAUGUGAGCACUAUGUAUAGAAGAGAUCCAAAUUAAGAGAGAGGCAGAUAAAA